CAAUCCCAAGUUCUUUCAUUCUUCUAGUAAGUUUGUUCUUGUUUCUCCUGCAACGAUGUGAGUUCAUUUUCUCUAGUUCUAUUCUGAGUUCAUCCUUUGGGUUAUCUAAUUCAAUCUAAGUUUGCUAUAGUCAUGUGUUUCUCUCUGUGCAACUCAGGAAUAAAGUUCUCUGUACUUGGUUGUUUGUGCAUAUGAUAUACAGGAAAUUGAAUCCCGAUUUCUUGCAUUUUCUUCCCUGCUGCCAUGGUAUUCAACAUUUUUCUUGUAAUUCUGUUCUCGUUUCUCCUGCAGCAAUGUGAGUAGUAGCAAUUCAUUCUAUGGGUUCUUAAUGACUGUUGUAUCAGACGCUGGGCCAGGUGAGACACCAAGCCUAGCGCCACGCCUAGUGCCUAGGCACUCCCUGGGUGCCCAGAAGAAAAAAUUUGGUCAUGUCUUGGCGUCUUUUUUUGCUAGGCGAGCGCCCAGGGCGCCUUUGAUAACAUAGCUUGAUGAAUCUUGCUCUAUAAUCAUGUAUUUCUCCGUGAAACUCAGGCAGAAUGUUCUAAGUUCUUAGUUGUUUAAUUGUGUAUAUGCUAUAGGAAACUUAGGCAGAAUCUAUAAUUCAAGAUCACUAAGAACAUUCAAUUUUGUCAGAUAAUGGAGACUACGUGGUUAGAGAAGCGAAACUUGAUGAAGAGUUUUAGGUAAUUUUGAAACUAGGCAUUGGCAUUUUGAAGGUUCACAGCUGAGCCAAGUUGUAAGACAUCUUUGGUCCUAUGGAUCAAGAAAACAAACUUGUACUUGCCAAACACUCCCCCAAAUCUUUUCUGGGAAGCAGAAUAACAACCCCCUAGUAAAUUUGCUUCUCCUUUUAAGUCAGCUCUAGGUGGAUAAAAGGAGAACACCACGUGUCAAGAGCACAUUGUUCCAGAUCAUAACAGAUUAAAGAACGAUCCAAUGGUCAUAAUGAAACUCCAUAUCAAGAUUUGCUAAAUCUUUUAACCAACUAAACAAACAAACAGAACUCAGAAUUUUCAGUUUUUCUUGAUUCUUGCUUUUACUCCUUGAAUCUUCUUCUUCUUCUUCACCUAUAAAAAGACAGAUGAAUGAAUCAAAAACCCAUUCAUUCAAUUUCACAGACCCAAAACAGAAACACUCACUCAAUUGAAGAAGAAACAAAAUGUUGCAGUCAAUGAAUGUGUUUCAUCAUCAAACAACACGACCCAAGUUGUUGAAUUUCCCUGCUUCUUGCCAUGGAAGAAGAAGAAUUCCGCAUAAACCACCAGCCCUUGUUUCUUUUCCUGCAACAAAUUGCAUUUUCUUCAACAUUCUUAAUCUGUUCUUGUUUCUCCUGCAACAAUGAAAUUCAGUUCAGUACUGUUUGCAUUGCCACGAGACAGUGAAGAAUUUUCAUCUGACAAUGAAGAAGAACAUAGUACUGGUGCUUCGAUUUCGUCAGAUAAUGGAGAGUAUGUAGUUAGAGAAGCUAAAUUUGAUGAAGAGUUUCAGGCAUCAGCAAGGUUGAAAGCAGAAGGAUUUUUUGAAGAACGGUCGGAUGACCGUUAUGUUGGUAGCUUCAAAAAGAAACACGCCGAGCAGGAGUAUAAUGCAAUAAAGAGGCGAUGUAAGGAGCGAACUAUACAGCCGUACAUGUGCAUUAUUGCUGUAAGAAAGGAAGGAGAGAAUGCACUCAAUACCAUGUUUAAAAAUGUCAUUGGAACUCUGGACUAUCGAGUCAAGUACCUGCUACGGGGGGAGACUUAUCCUGAGGAAGUUGUGAAGGUUAAGAUGUUUACCACCUACAAAAAAAGAGAAUCACAGAGAUAUGUCAUAAUCUCGAAUGUGACUGUUGCCCUAAGUGCUCGUCGAAUGGGUGUUGGAAGCAGUAUGCUGAACUUUGCAAUUGAAUCUGCAAAACAAAAUGGUAUAAAGCGGGUGUUCUUACAUGUACGUCGUGAUAACAAACCAGCACUGGCAUUGUAUGAAAAAUUGGGAUUUAAGAUACUUGCAGAAGCGACUACCCCUCAUCUGGAAGAACAUAACCUAUACUUGUGCAGCAUAAAUCUGUAGUUAGAUUUUACCAACUCAUUCCUUAAAACUAACACAAAGAUUUAGUCUGAAAUUUUGUAAAGUUCUGACAGUAGUAUUCCAUGAGAGCUAGCAUAAGAAAACAGUACGCACGGUACCUUUCAUUGUAAAGUUCAUUCAUAUAAACAAGUGUGGCUACUAUACAAACAAAGGAAAGCUAUUGAGCUUGUUAGAUGUUACUAAAUAUUGAUUCUGCA